AUGGCAGAUAGAAACACAUUGGUCACUAUGCACUAUAACGGUUCCGUGUUUACUGAUGAAAAUAUCGGUUUUUCAUUCAACGGAACAGAUACGGUGAUGUUCAAACUUCACCGAAGUUCUGAUAUCCGUCAUCUAAAAGAUAGAAUUGAAAAAAAAGUGAAUCGUUCUGUCCAGGAUAUUACUUACCGUCAACCAAUACGUAAUGGGGUAGACGAUGAUGUGUUCUACGUAAUGAUGCAGAUAGAUACAGACAGCGCAGUCAAAUCAAUGUUUCAAUGUCAUUACACAAUGCCCCAGUUGAAGACAAUUGAAUUAUAUGUUCGCCUUGAAGACGAGGCAUAUCCAACGCAAUCAUCAUAUUCGCAUCAAUACGGGGUGAGCCAAACAACUGAUGAUGAAAUAACGCAAAAUAAUGAACCUUUCAUCCGGAACGAGGAGGUUGGUGAAUACAGUGACGAUGAGCUCGAUGAUGUUCGCUUUGAAGACCUAUUCGGUGAUGACGAUGACGACGGUCACGAUGAACUCAUGCAGUCAGAGGUAAUAUAUGCUCAACCCAUAAAUCUGUACAAUCCACCAGUUCAUAUGUCAAACAUAUGUAUGGAGUCAUCUCAACCCAUCUAUAUUUUUGAAAAUGAAAAACCAAACCAUAAUGGUGAAAAUUUGGAAGUAGGCUUGGUGUUUGAAAAUAAGGAAGAAUGUGUUCUUUUUUUACAACAUUGGCAUAUUAGUAACAACCUUGACUAUGCAGUAUAUAAAUCUGAUUCAGUAAGGUAUAUAAUAAAAUGUACAAACCCACAAUGCGUCUUCAAAUGUAGAGCUGCUGUGCGUAAAAAAAGCACAUUAUGGGAGAUCGCUACUAUAAAGGGUUCACACACGUGCACUACAACCUCAAUGUCACAGGAUCAUAGAAAAUUAGAUUCUGAAAUUAUUAGCCACAGCAUCAGAGAACUUGUUAACAGCGACGCUUCACUGAAAGUCAAAGUUAUACAAGCCCACAUUGCUGAAAAAUACGGUUAUAGAAUCUCGUAUCGGAAAGCUUGGAUUGCAAAGAUCAAAGCUGUAGAAGCACUUUAUGGAAAUUGGGAGACGUCUUACAAUGACCUACCACAGUGGUUGUUGGUGCUGAAGACAUAUCUUCCUGGAACUGUUAUACAGUUGGAAACAUUGCCGAUUAUUACAGAUGACGGAACCCAGUUGGGUGACAAACGAAAAUUUCACCGACUUUUUUGGGCAUUUGAACCGUGUAUCCGUGGUUUUAGUUUCUGUAAACCAAUCGUGCAAAUAGACGGAACCUGGUUGUACGGCAAGUACAAAGGGACUUUGUUAAUGGCUGUGGCACAAGAUGGAAAUGGUAACAUUUUUCCGAUAGCGUUUGCAUUGGUUGAAGGAGAGACAAAGGAUGGUUGGAGUUUCUUUCUCAAGAAUUUGAGAAUGCACGUGACCCCCCAGGCCAAUCUUUGUCUAAUAUCCGACCGACAUCCAUCAAUCAAGAGUGCUUACGAUGAUCGCGAGAGAUUCUGUUUUAUGGUUGCCGAAUGCAUUAACCAACGCGAUGGCCGACCAUUAGGUACUUUUAGCGUUGAUCUCAGGAGAGGGUGGUGCGAUUGUGGGAGGUUUCAGGCAUUUCAUUUACCUUGCUCUCAUGUAAUCGCAGCAUGUGCCAGUAUACGACAGGACCAUAACAUGCACAUACCAGAUGUUUUCAAAGUUCUAAGUGUAUUCAAAGUAUACAGCCAAAGCUUCCUUGGACUACCCCACCAGCAAAAUUGGCCAACAUAUGAAGGAUUCACUCUUUGCCAUGACGAGACAAUGCGACGAAAUAAGAAAGGGCGUCCAAAUAGUACAAGAAUUACAACUGAAAUGGACGAUUUUGAGAAAGAAAAGAGAAGAUGUGGGAUUUGUCGAGAAAUCGGUCAUAUGCGGAGAAAAUGUCCAAACGUGGCAGGCCCAUCAAAUCGGCCAGUCUAA